GGCGGCCGAGGCGGGAAGCGCGAGCGGUGGCGCCAUGGCCCGAGUGUGGCAGCAGCCGUUCCUCAACGUCUUCAGACACUUCAAGGUGGACGAGUGGAAGCGGUCCUCUAAGGAGGGCGACGUGGCCGUCGUGACGGACAAGACCCUCAAGUGCACGGUGUACCGCGUGCGGGGCCCUGUCUCUGCUGGCAAUUACAUCCAGCUCCCCAAAACCAGCACCCAGUCCCUGGGGCUGACCGGACGCUACCUGUACGUGCUCUUUCGGCCCCUGGCCGCCAAGCAUUUCGUCAUUCACCUGGACCUGUGUACCGAGGACAGCCAGGUCAUCCGAGUAUCGUUCUCCAAUUUCUUCAAGGAGUUCAAGUCCACAGCCACAUGGCUUCAGUUUCCUUUCAUCUGUGAGACUGGGACACCCAGGAAAGGUGUGGGCUCCCCAGGUGCCCGCUGGACCUGCCUGCAGCUUGACCUUCAUGACAUUCUCUUGGUCUACCUUAACCGACGCUACAAUCACCUCAAGAGCAUCAGACUGUGUGCUAGCCUGUUGGUCAGGAACCUCUACACCAGUGACCUGUGCUUCGAUCCCGCUGUCACUGUCGCUGAAGCCCGGCAUGCAAAACUGCCCAUCACCCCCAUACCUCGAGAAAUGGCAUUCCCGCUGUCAAAAGGGGAGAGCUGGCAUGACCACUAUGUCCACAUCCGGUUUCCAAGCGACAGCUCAAAGACACCCUCCGAGGCCUUUCAGAAGAGCUGUUCCCCUUCUGAGGCAGUCUUAGCGGGGCCUGUGCCGCGGCUUCUCCCUCACCCAGCGGCCUUCAGCAAGCCUGUUCAGGACAGCCUGGCCCUCAUGGUCCAGAAGCAUGGUCCCACAGCCUCCCGCCAGGCCCCCUCUGUGCCCAGGCCCCUUCCAGAAGUCAGCAUGUCCUCUGAGCACUCCGAUGUCUCUAGUGUGGGUCGCCCCAGUGGCCGUAGCCAGGAGCCCUUGGCCUGGGUGGAGCCCACUGACAAGCACGUGGCCAGUGACAGCCUUCACGUGUCUGUGCAUCAGACGACUAUGGAGCCCACGACCCCAGAGGAUGCGUCCCCACAAGAGAGCUUCCUCCCGGAUCCGGUCCUGAGGCUCAAGGGGGUCAUCGGCUUUGGGGGUCACAGCACCAAAUGGGCCCUGUGGACCCGGGAUGGGGCCGCCGUUGUGUACCCUUGCCAUGCGGUCAUCGUCGUCCUGUGUGUCAACACCCGGGAGCAGCGUCUCUUCCUUGGCCACACAGACAAGGUCUCUACCCUGGCAUUGGACGGGAGUGGUUCCCUGCUGGCCUCAGCCCAGGCACGGCCCCACAGCAUGCUGCGUCUGUGGGACUUCCAGACCGGGGAGUGCCUGUCCCUGUUCCAGAGCCCAGUCCACACCGUCUGCUCCCUCAGCUUCUCUGACAGCGGGGAGGUGCUCUGUGGUGUCGGCAAGGACCGCCACGGGCGGAUGACGGUGGUGGUGUGGGGCACGGCCCAGGUGGGGCGAGGCGGAGAGGCCGUCAUCCUCACCAAGGUGCACAGCGACGUUGACAUCCAGGCAUUCGAGGUGGCCUUUUUCGAUGAAACCAGGAUGGCAUCGUGCGGGCGGGGCAGCGUGCGGCUGUGGCGGCUGCGAGGUGGGGGACUGCGCUCCUGCCCCGUGGACCUGGGGGAGCACCACGCGCUGGAGUUCACUGACCUGGCCUUCAGGCAGGCCCAGGACAGCCACACACUCUACGUCUGCAGCCGCAGCGGCCACAUCCUGGAGAUUGACCACCAGCACAUGUCUGUGCGGCGCGCUCGCUGCCUCCUGCCCACGCAGACCCCCGGUGGCCCCCUCCCACAGAAGCAGACCUUCAGUUCAGGCCCUGGCAUUGCCAUCAGCAGCCUCAGCGUCUCCCAGGCCAAGUGUGCCGUGGGCUCCGAGGACGGCUACCUGCGCCUCUGGGCCCUGGACUUCUCCUCUGUGCUCUUGGAGGCAGAGCAUGAGGGCCCCAUCAGCUCCGUCCGCAUCAGCCCUGACGGCCUGCGUGUGCUGUCCACCACCUCCUCGGGCCACCUGGGUUUCCUGGACAUCCUGUCCCAGGAGUACAGCAUGCUGGUGCGCUCCCACGCCGCCCCGGUGCUGGCCCUUGCCACUGAGUGCAGCCGGGGACAGCUGGCCACUGUGUCCCAGGACCACACUGUCCGCAUCUGGGACCUAGCGACCCUGCAGCAGCUGUACGACUUCGCGUCUCUGGAGGAGGCCCCGUGUGCUGUUGCCUUCCACCCUACCCAGCCUACCUUCUUCUGUGGCUUCAGCAGCGGGGCUGUCCGCUCCUUCAGCCUGGAGACCACUGAGAUCCUAGUGGAGCACAGGUGUCACCGCGGAGCCAUCACCAGCCUGGCCGCCAGCCCCAACGGCAGCUUCCUGUUCAGCUCCUGCUCUCGGGGCUCCCUGGCCCAGUACCAUAGCGGCGUGCCCCGGUGCCGCAUCCUUCGUGUGGCAGCUAACGUGGUGUGCCAGGAGGCCUGCCCGAGCCCCAGUGCCCUGGUGGUCAGUGGGGACAGCCGCCUGCUGGCCUUUGUAGGUCCCUCCAAGUACACGGUGACCGUCAUGGACACAACCUCACUGGAUGAGCUGCUGAGGGUUGACAUCAGCACUCUGGACCUGGCUGGCAGCCGCCUGGACUCGGCUGUGGCCGUCUGCUUUGGCCCUGCACCCCCUGGCCAUUUGCUGGUGUCCACGUCCUCUAACAUGGUUGCAGUGCUAGAUGCCACGUCGGGCCGCUUGGUCCGGGAGCUGUCCUGUGUCCCCCCUGCGGCCUGCUCUGUCCUAGCUCUUAGCGGGGAUGGCCGUUUUCUGCUCACAGCCGCCCACCGGGCCAUCAAGGUGUGGGACUACUCAGCACAGGCCGGCCCUGGCUGCCAGGUGUACAUCGGCCACUCAGAGCCUGUGCGGGCCGUGGCUUUCACCCCUGGCCAGCAGCAGCUCCUUAGUGUGGGAGACGCCAUCUUUCUCUGGGACGUUCUGGCCCCCUCUGAGAAGUCCCCUCCGGGAAGUGUCCAAGGCUCUCCCGGGGCCCCCCCAACCUGCGAAGCUGGCUUGGGUACAAGACAGCUGGAGGACAUGGUGUCCGGGGCCAAUGGUCUUCCCCGGCAGCAGGUGCCCAUGCCAUCCCAGGUGUCCCCACCCUGGCUGGACAUCUGUGCCAGGCCCCCCAAGGACCAUGAUGGCGCUUUCUCCAUGUCAGAUGAGAGCCGUGGCCCUGAGGGUCUCCGCCAGGCCUCAGGCCUACCUGUGCUGGUGCAGAAGGAGGCUGGCAGGGCCGGUGAUGGGGCCAGGGGGGUCAAGGGGAGCCCCUGGGACCUUGGCAGGCCUCUCCACCCCCGUGGUUGGCCCAAUGCCUGCAGCACUGGAAGAGCCAGGGCCCAGCCCCCAACUCGCCCAGACUCCUAUCGGCAUUUCACAGCUCGCUACAAGGCCUCCCUGCUGGCCAAGGGCCUCUCCUUCCCUGCUGUCGGCGAUGAGCGGCUGCACCUGAAGGCCGUCAUGGGUUACAACGGGAAUGGGCGCGCCAACCUGGUCUGGAGGCCGGACACAGGCUUCUUCGCCUACACAUGUGGUCGCCUGGUGGUGGUGGAGGACCUGCACUCUGGUGUCCAGCAGCACUGGCUUGGCCACACUGAGGAGAUCUCCACGCUGGCCCUCAGCCACGAUGCCCAGGUGCUGGCAUCUGCCUCAGGCCGAAGCAGCACUGCCUCCCGCUGCCAGAUCCGUGUCUGGGACGUGCCGGGGGGCUCCUGUCGGCAGCUCCUUUCUCACCACGACACAGCUGUCCAGGCCCUGGCUUUCUCACCAGACGACAGGCUCCUCGUCACACUGGGGGACUAUGGCGACCGCACCCUGGCCCUGUGGAGCACGGCCACCUACGAGCUUGUGUCCUCCACGUGCCUCCCAGAGCCAGUACACAGCGUGGCCUUCAACCCCUGGGACGCCGGCGAGCUCGCCUGCGUGGGCCAGGGUGGUGUCACCCUGUGGCUCCUGCAGCAGCGUGGGGGUGACGUCAGCCUCCAGGUCCACCAAGAGCCCAUCCCUGAGGAGGUGGGGGGGUGCGAGCUGACCUCUCUCUGCUACGGGACCACACCCCUGCUCUACUGCGGCUCCAAUGCUGGCCAGGUGUGUGUUUGGGACGUGUGUGCCAGCCGCUGCUUCCUGGCCUGGGAGGCGGACGACGGUGAGAUCGGAGUGCUGCUGUGCUCGGGCGCGCGUCUGGUCAGUGGCAGCAACACCAGGCGGCUGCGCCUAUGGGCCGUGGGGGCCGUGCCGGAGCUGAGGCGCAAGGGCUCCGGGGCCAGGUCUAGCUCUGUGAUUAUGGAGCAUGAGCUGACCCUUGACGGGGCCGUCGUGAGUGCGGUCUUCCACGAAAGCAUGGACAUGGGUGUGGUGGGCACCACGGCAGGCACGCUCUGGUACAUCAGCUGGGCUGAGGGCACCAGCACCCGCCUCAUCAGCGGCCACCGGAGCAAGGUGAACGAGGUGGUCUUCAGCCCCAGCGAGUCCCACUGUGCCACGUGCAGUGACGAUGGGAGCGUGAGGGUGUGGAGCGUGGCCAGCAUGGAGCUGCUGAUCCAGUUCCAGGUGCUCAGCCAGAGCUGCCUCUGCCUGUCUUGGAGCCCCCCAUCCUGUGAACGCCCAGAACAGCAGCGGGUGGCAGCAGGCUACAGUGAUGGCACGCUGCGGCUCUUCAGCAUCCCCCGCAUAGCGAUGGAGCUCAAGAUGCAUCCCCACUUGGCUGCACUGACGGCCAUCGCCUUCUCUGCUGACGGUCAGACCAUCCUCUCCGGAGACAAGGAUGGGCUCGUGGCUGUGAGUCACCCUCGCACGGGGAUGACCUUCCGUGUGCUGAGUGACCAUCGGGGAGCCCCGAUCUGCACCAUCCAGAGCACGAGAAGAGAGUAUGGAGACUUCGGGGCAGAGGGUGUGGACCUGUGGCUGGCUGCUAGCGGGGACCAGCAGGUCAGCGUUUGGGCCUCCAACUGGCUGCAGGACUGCUGUGAGCUCGUGGACUGGCUGAGCUUCCCAGCGCCCGCCCUCACGGAGGUUCCCGGCUGCCUUCCGCCCUCCCUCACCGCCUUCUGCCCCUGGGAUGAGGCGCUGCUGGUGUGUGCGGGCCUUGGUGUGCACCAUGAGGUGGUCUUCUACAGCCUCCGCCAGAAGCAGGUGAUGGAGAAGAUCCCACUGCCUUUCUUGGCUAUGUCCAUGAGCCUGUCCCCUGGGGCCCACCUUAUGGCCAUUGGCUUCUCUGAGCGUGUGCUGAGGCUGGUGGACUGUGCGUCGGGGGCUGUGCAGGACUUUGCUGGCCAUGAUGACUCGGUGCACCUGUGCAGGUUUGCCCCGUCUGCUCGGCUGCUCUUCACGGCAGCCCACAAUGAGAUACUGGUGUGGGAAGUCACAGGCCACUGACCCCCAGCAGGGAGUGCGGGGUCAGGUGUUGCCCUGCUGGUCAGCCGGGCACCUGGCCUGGGCAGAGGCUUGGCUGAGAAGCUGGGUUGGCCAGGCGCCUUGUGCUGGGCCAGGAUGGCUGGGUGGGCUUCACCCCUCCACACCUGGCGGCCCAGGAGUGUGUGCAAAUCAUCAAGACCUUGAACAUGUAUGAAGUGCUUAUUGCCUCUUUUCCUUUGGGCUUUUGUUUCUACCUUGUACAGUUCAAAUAAAUGUGGG